CGGAGAGGGGGCGGGGAAAGGAUGUGCUGCGCGCAGGCGCUGUGUCCCUGCAGCUCCUGGUUGUCUCGGAGCUCUCGCAGUAGAUUGGCAUCGAUCGCAGAGGGAUAGGAGAAGGGUCAUGGGAUGAAGACAGCCUGAAGUUCUUGGAGCUGGCUGGGGAAACCUAAAGCAACUACCAAACCCCAGGAGCAAGGAUGGUGUGGCCCUGGAAAGGGAGUAAGGAAGCAGGUGCACUGGCAUCCCUCAUCCACUGAGGCCUGGGGCUGUGGGCCAUGGCAGGUCGGCCUCUGGCCUGGCUCUUCAGCCUGCCCACCGCUGUAGUCUAUGGUUCAUUGUCACUCUUUGUCUCCAUUCUACACAAUGUGUUUCUGCUGUACUACGUGGACACAUUUGUCUCCGUGUACAAGAUUGACAAACUGGCCUUCUGGGUCGGAGAGACAGUGUUUCUCCUUUGGAACAGCCUCAAUGACCCACUCUUUGGCUGGCUCAGUGACCGUGUCUUCCUCAGCUCCUCACCCAGGGCAGGAGCUUCAAUCCCAACCCAGGAUGUGGUUCUGAGCAGGCUCCGGGCUCUCAGCCGGCAUGGCCCAUUGCUGGCUCUCGCCUUCCUGGCAUUCUGGGUGCGGUGGGCACCUACGGGGAUGCAGUUCUUGCUCUGUUUGUGUCUCUAUGAUGGCUUCCUGACCCUGGUGGACCUCAAUCACCAUGCUUUGCUGGCUGACCUGGCUCUGUCUGCUCAUGGCCGAACACACCUCAAUUUCUACUGCUCUCUCUUUAGCGCAGCGGGCUCCCUCUCAGUCUUUGCCUCCUACACUGUGUGGAACAAGGAAGAUUUUUCUUCCUUUCGUGCCUUCUGCGUGGUUCUGGCUGUCUUCUCUGGGCUUGGCUUUACUGGAGCCACAUGGCUCCUAAGGCAGCGAUUUGAGACAGAAGGGAAGACACUGGGGGCCCUGCAUUCAGCCUCAGAAGGCCCAGAUGGGGAAAAACCAUCCACCAAUGAGGAGGAAAAGAGGGUCACUCUGGGCGAGUACCUCCAGCAGCUGGCACGCCACCGAAACUUCCUCUGGUUCGUAGGCAUGAACUUGGUGCAGGUCUUCCACUGCCACUUCAACAGCAACUUCUUCCCUCUCUUCCUGGAGCACUUGCUGUCAGACCAGAUCUCCCUCUCCACGGGCUCCUUCCUGCUGGGGGUGUCCUACAUUGCUCCUCAUCUCAACAACCUCUACUUCCUGGCGCUGUGCCAAAGGUGGGGCGUCUACGCAGUGGUUCGAGGGCUCUUCCUUCUCAAGCUGGGCCUCAGCCUCCUCAUGCUGCUGGCCGGGCCGGACCACCUCCACCUGCUGUGCAUCUUCAUUGCCAGCAACCGUGUGUUCACGGAGGGCACCUGCAAGCUGCUGACCCUGGUGGUCACAGACCUGGUGGAUGAAGACCUGGUGCUGAACCGUCGGAAGCAGGCCGCUUCAGCCCUUCUCUUCGGGAUGGUGGCCCUGGUGACCAAGCCUGGCCAGACCUUUGCCCCCCUGCUGGGCACUUGGCUGCUUUGCUUCUAUACUGGCCAUGACCUUUUCCAGCAGCCCUUGCUGACUCCGGUGGGCAGUGCAAGGCCUUGGUUGGACCCCCCUGCCCCACCGCGGGCAUCCACUUUACGCCAGGGAUGCUUCUACUUGCUAGUGCUGGUGCCCAUCAUGUGUGCGCUGCUGCAGCUGAUUACUUGGUCCCAGUUCACCUUGCAUGGGAGACGCCUGCACAUGGUCAAAGCCCAACGCCAGAGUCUGUCUAAGCCCUGGGCUUUGGACAUUAAGACUGUGUGAGGGACCUCCAGGGAAGGCAGACUAGGGUGCUGUUUGCCCAGCUACUUUCUUAACCUAGCCAGGAGCUGGGAGUCUCCUCACCCAGGCUCUUCUCUGGCUUUGUUUCUCAGGUACAACAGGAAGUAACAUGGCUGGGGAAUGGAUCUCCAGGGUUUUCCUUUGGACCCAGAUGCAGAGGUCAUAGUUUGCCAGGCUUCCUCUCAUCACUCUCUCAACAAUUGACUCAGGGCAAAGGCUAUGAAGUGGGUUCUCAGGAUGUGGUUCUGGGCUGCUUUAAGCAGCUGAAAAGAACCAGGAAUCGGGUAGGGCCGAGUUGGGGAGGGGCACACCGCUCACCCCCAAGUCAGUGCUCUCUGAUUUGUGCCUAACACAGGUAUUAAUGAAGCUCUUCAUUUCCCUCUGCACAAAGAGGGCAGCAGAGAGGGCUGCCUUUUCAGAAGCUUGGGAUGGCCCUGACUACCUGGGCAGAGGCUUAUGGAGAGGACCUGUUCUCCAUAAAUAAGGGUGGUCAUUGGACCUACAUGACUCCCAGAGGUUGGCCUAUGCUGGAAGGUCAAGGUGGUGGCACUCUGUGGGUGCCUCACUUCCCCAAACUCUUUUUGUCAUUUCAAAUUCUUUGUACUUCACUUGCCCCAGAAAUGGAUUCAUUUCCCAGGGACUCAUUAAAGCCAGUAAAUCAC